AAGACGUAUGAUUAGAAAGCAACGUGCUGUGUCGGCGUAGAUAUAUCAACAUGACCGGUAUAUUACAAAUUUGUGGCCUAGUUUUGAUACUAACCUCUGUAAAUGGAAACCCAUUGACACGAGGUCAAACGUGUGCGGAUAAAAUAAGCAAUUGCGUUGCUUACGGAAACAACGUCUGCACUCAGUUCCGACAGUGGGCAACAGACAACUGCAAAAAGUUUUGUAACAUCUGCCAUGGUUCUGCGAGCACCACACCUAACCAGGGAGGUUGUUCGGACAAGGUGAACAACUGUCACUUGCUGGGAUCGAAUCUGUGCACGGUCUACGUUCAGUUCUCCCAAAUCAACUGCAAGAAAACCUGCAACAUGUGCAACACCGCAAGUUCCAGCUCUAACUGUGAGGACAAGCUGAAGAACUGUGCACUGUACGGACAGUCGUCGUGUGUCGGGCCAUACGAGAGCUGGGCAAAGGCCAACUGCGCUAAAUUCUGCAACAAAUGUUCAAGUGCGGGAACUGGCUCCAUAGUCGGUCACACCGACGUAUGUGUUUACAAGGGGAAGAUCCACAGUCAGGGAGAAACCUGGCAGGAUGGGUGCGACAAGAGCUGCACGUGCGUCAACGGCAAGUCGGGAUACUACACCUGUCAAUCAAAAUGUGCUGUGUACAAGAACUUGCCGCCAUCUUGCACUCUGACCGCUAUGCCUGGCCAGUGUUGCAAAAAACCAAAUUGUCCAACUGGACUAGGAACCAACUUCUGUGUGUACAAAGGUAAGAACUACAAACAGCACCAGACGUGGAAUGACGGCUGCAACUACAAGUGUACUUGUGAAGACGCCAUGAAGGGGUUCUACAAGUGUCGAUCAAGGUGUGUCCAGUGGAACCUGCCUGAUGAGUGUCACCUGCAAGCCCCGGGUCCCGGGCUGUGCUGUAACACCCCAAGCUGUCCGCCGGGCUUCCAUGUCACGUACCCAGCCGGAUAUACCGUCGAGUGAACAAACGGGGAAACAAGCACAUGGCGCUCAUUCUGUCUCGUGUCAAACUUAAAACUUGACACGUUCAUUAGUACCGUUUCAGUACUCAUAA